AUGGAAACGAUGAUAUCAUUAUUAGGGACUGUUGGAUCAAUUAUUUCAGUCAGUGUUAGCUUAUCCCCAGCCAGUAGAAUGAUGAAAGUACAAAAAACCAAAAAGUUAGAUGAAGUUCCUUAUUUGUUUUUGUUACUAAAUCAUCUUUGUUCAUUAUCAUGGGCUACUUAUGGGUUUAUAGGUGGAUAUGGUGCAAUUAUGAUUAACAAUGGUAUAUCUACUGUAAUUGGGCAUUGUUUUAUAGGUUGGUAUCAUCAAAUUAAAGGCGAUCUCGCUAGCUACAUGCUAGUCUACACCACAGCAAUUUUUGCAUCAGCAUUGAUACUUAUUUCUUUUAUUCCUAUUGACAUUAUCGGAUGGAUUUGCCUAAUUUCAAAUUUCGCAUUAUAUUUAGGGCCUUUAGAAACAUCAAGCAAAGCCUUAAUCCCUUCCCUGAUAAAAUAAAAACAUAAUAAAUAGUCUGCAAAAUGCAAAAAAAAUUAUUGGUUUUUAUAGUAUUUUUAUAAAUAAUUGCUUAAUUAGAUUACCCAGAUAAUUUUGUUAAAUUUAAAACAAUUUGCGCCUCAAGUCAUAAAUUUAUAUUUAUUUUCAAACUAUUGCUUUUCAAUAUCAAAAAACCUCAGCAUGCAAUUUUUUGAAAUUUUAAUAGCUCAUUAAAAGAAAAUGAUUCUAGCUGAGUACGAGAGUUAGCAGAAAAAAAUCCAAAUUAUAUAGAUAUUUUUAUCAUAGGAAUUUGCCAAGUGAAUUCACUGAUCUGGAUGAGUUAUGGGAUCCUAGUCCAAAACAAUUUUAUAGUAGCUCCAUGCCUAUUUGGAGCAUUUCUCUGCGCUUUUCAAAUAACAAUUUAUGUUUGGGCAAAUAAUUGGUUUCCUAUGCCAAUUUAUGAGAAAUUAUCUAAACUCUUAGCCAAUAAAAAAUAA